AUGGCAACCCCUAACCACACUGGUGCCAGCCACUCACUCUUCAUUCUGCGGGGCAUCCCUGGCCUGGAAGACCAGCACAUAUGGAUUUAUCUUCCCUUCUUUAUUUCCUACCUGGUUGCUGUCCUUGGGAAUAGCCUCCUUGUCUUCAUCAUCAUUACUGAACGCAGCCUCCAUGAACCCAUGUACCUCUUUCUCUGCAUGCUAGCUGUGGCUGACCUCAUCCUGUCCACUACCACUGUGCCCAAAGCCCUGGCCAUAUUCUGGUUUCAUGCUGGGGAGAUCUCCCUUGAUGGCUGCAUCACUCAAAUCUUCUUCAUUCAUGCCACCUUCAUUGCUGAAUCAGGGAUUCUGUUGGCCAUGGCAUUUGACCGCUAUGUGGCCAUCUGUGACCCACUGCGAUAUACUACAGUGCUCAGUCAUGCAGUAAUCAUAAAGGUUGGUCUGGCUGUGGUCCUGAGAAGCUUCUCUGUGAUACUCCCAGAUGUGUUCCUGGUGAAGAGACUGCCUUUCUGCCAUAGCAAUGUGUUACCACAUACCUACUGUGAGCACAUGGCUGUUGCCAAGUUUGCUUGUGCUGAUAUUUGUGUCAAUGUCUGGUAUGGCUUGUCUGUUCUUCUCUCUACUGUAAUGCCAGAUGCCUUGCUCAUCUUGGUUUCGUAUACCCUUAUCAUCAAUGCAGUCUUCCACCUCCCUUCCCGAGGAGCUCGGCAAAAGGGUCUAGGCACAUGUGCCUCCCACCUUGGGGUCAUUUCCAUGUUCUAUUUGCCUGGCAUUUUUACUGUAAUUACCCAGCGGUUUGGGCAUCAUGUUCCCCUCCAUACUCACAUUCUGCUGGCCAAUAUCUGCACAUUAGCCCCUCCCAUGCUGAACCCUAUCAUUUAUGGGGUCAAGACCAGGCAGAUUCGAGAGUGUGUGGUCAGUACUCUGUGUUCACAGUAG